AUGGGGUCGUUGGAUGUGGUCUCGUUGCACAGCGGCAAUGAACCGACCUUCAUUAGAGGAGAGGCGAGCUCAAUUGUGGAUCUCACUUUCGUGAGCACCACUCUUGCCAAGAGAAACUGCUCAUGGAGAGUGACUGAUAUUUACACUGCGAGUGAGCACCGUGCGAUUCUCUGGGAGACAUGUUCUGACCAGAGAGUAGCCUUAGUGGCCAAGAAGACCAACAGUGCUGGCUGGAGAGUGAGCACUUUUGAUCCUGGCUCUUAUUCAGCGGCAUUAGACGACCGCCCAAUUAGUGGCAGCAGUGCAACUGAAAAGGCGCGAAGCAUCAUGAAAAGAGUAGCAGCAGCAUGCGAUGCCACCAUGACCAGGAAGCGGACGACAAACCGGCAUCCACCGGUGUAUUGGUGGAACGAAACCAUCGCAAUCCUGCGGAAAAAGUGUAACGCAGCCAGGAGGUUGUCCCAGCGUGGCCAGAAGAAGCCGUACUUUGAGGAGCUGCACAUUAGAUACAAGAAGGCACGUCGGAAACCCAGCAAAGCUAUCAAGUUCAGUAAAAAGCAAUCUUGGAGUGAGCUUCUUGAUGAGGUGGAACGCGAUCCGUGGGGUAGACCUUAUAAAGUGGUGAUGACACGACUCAAGAGUCAACCAAUGCCGUCACCAACGUGCCCGGUGCUGAUGAAGAGAAUUGUAACGGUGUUGUUCCCGCAACAAUCAGAACUCCAUCGUACUAGCCAACAAGGGGAAGUGCUGAUGGUUCCACAAAUCACCAGAGAACAAUUGAUGGUGAGACGAUUGAUUGAUAUUCUCGAGCGUAUAUUCCAUCAACGAAUCGAAGCAGCAGUCGAACCGCUACUAGCUGGGAAUCAAUAUGGUUUCAGGAAAGGUCGAUCUACGUUAGAAGCCAUCAAUCUUGUCGUCGAUACUGCCAGGGAAGCGAUCUCAGGGAAAAAAUGGCUAAAGGGGAAGAAGAAGUACUGUUUAGUAGCAACGCUGGACAUCAAGAAUGCCUUUAACUCACCCAGAUGGAACUGUAUUAUGGAUGCUCUUGUGAAAUCCAACGUACCAGGGUACUUACGAAGGAUGGUCGCCAGCUAUUUUUCCGGGAGGAUCCUUAAGUAUGAUACGGAGUGUGACCUCGAGCAGUAUAGAGUUACGGGAGGGGUGCCGCAGGGCUCAAUACUAGGUCCCCUACUGUGGAACAUCAUGUACGACGGGCUACUGAAGCUGGAACUGCCGCGGGAGACUAAACUCGUUGCAUUUGCAAAUGACGUGGCUGUAGUCAUCGUCGGAAAAUAUCUUGAGGAGAUCAAUUUUACCUUCGACAAGACCUUCGAGACGAUUCGACGCUGGAUGGACUCAGCAGGCUUACACCUGGCGGAGCAUAAGACGGAAGCCGUCCUGAUCACUAGCAGGAAGAUAAUUGAGACUGUCACGCUGCAGCUGCAAGAAGCUCGCCGUAAAAUUAUAGCUGUCUAUCGGCUGAGUGCUCUCAGAGUUGCGAGUGCGUAUCGGACGGUAUCUGAGGAUGCAGUGUGCAUCAUCUCAGGAAUGUUACCGAUAGAGCUAUUAGCUGAGGAGCGAAGAUCUCUAUACCAGCGGAAGAGAUCAGAAGCGCUGAGUCCCGAAGAACUGGAAAUCCAAGUGAGACGAAAGAGCUUGAGCCGAUGGCAGCAGAAGUGGACAGAUUCCACCAAGGGGAGAUGGACCCAUCGUCUGAUUCCGCAUGUGGCUGUCUGGGUCGAGAUCAUGGAGAGAUGA